AUGGCUAGUAGACAGAAGGGAAAAAUAAAUAACGAAAUAACUAAAAAAACAACGAAAAUAAUAAAUGAGCACAUUACCCAUUCGGUGAAGGACAUUCAUAACGAUAAGAUAAAAUCGGUAGAUUCUUCUCCCAAUAAGACGAAUCAAAAUUCAGAAAAAGACAUGCCAUUUGGCUUAACAAAUUGGGAAAUAUCUUCCCAACGUACUGUUUCGAGCGAUAUACGUGGAGGUGAAGGAGAUUUUUUCACUAAUAACAUAAAAUGCGAUAAUGCCAAGACGAAAUUUAAAAGUUACGCAUUAAAUGGAAACAUUCCAGAUGCGCAACAUAGUGAACACUCAAACAAAUUAAAGGAAAAAAAACAUUUACACACAAUAAUAAAGGAAAAAAUCCGCAAGUAUAGGAUUUGUCACAAGGGUGAAAGUGGAAACUAUAGUCACUUGCCAGAAAAAUUGAAUACCGAAUGCUCUCAGGAAGAUAAGGGAGUUGACAAAUCAGACAGAGCGGAAAAUUCAAAUAAUUUUUUUUACACAAAUUAUCACCCUGUUUCGCAUUUCCUCCAGCAGGAAUAUUGUGGCCAUGAUAUAUAUUCACGCGAAGGGACUCAACGAAAUGUGAAGGAUGAUGCAAAGUUAGGCUUUUCGAAGUGUUAUAAGAAUAUGCACGAGAGAAAUUUCAACAGCAUGACGCGCUUAGAGUCCUCUUCGGAAAUAGGGGAUGACUCGAUAGAAGAUGUACCGAGGGGUAGUGAUACUCGAAAUGGGGUAAACAAGACCGGCGCCCCUUCCCAUUAUGGGACACCAAGUGGCGACAGUGACAGGAGGGAGCACCGCGAAGACCACUUGGCAGGAAUUCCUACACAGGGAAAUGCCGAAUCGAACUGUGCUAAGCACGAGAAAAGUGAGCAGAGUAAGCUUCCCCCGAAAAACAGUCAGCACGCUGAAAAUAUAAUCAGGUGCAACGACGAGGAACUGAAAAGGAGUCUUCGUAAAGGAGAAGCAGUUAACCCCGUUGCGCGGACGGAGAGGUCCUCGCAAAAAUAUCAAGAAAGGGGACGCUCUAUGUAUCGCAGAAAUUGCUAUAAUGUUAGGCAGAGCAGCAUUAAAAAUAUUGUGAAUGCUAAUGGUAUACGGCGUGAUGGGAGGGAGACGCAUAGUGAACCACAUGAAGGGGGCUCGAAGGUCGAUGAGAGGAAAAGCACGUCCGAGGAGGAAGUAGACAACCUCAGUAGAGAGGGGAGAGACUCCUCUGGUAAGGCACCCCCAAAUAGAGGUGAAAAUGAGCACGACGACGAUGGAAGAGAAGACUACAAUGAUGAACAAGGUAAGGAUGAGGAGAAUGACUUGCAGAACAAGGAGAAUAAUGAGGAACAGGAUAGGGAAGAUAUUACGGGAAAGAACCUGGACGAAGGGGAGUGGAUAGAAAUCGAGGAGCCGCUCAAUUUCUGGGAUGCCCUGAAGAACAAUUUCAAGAACGUAUUUUUGGUGAAAUCAGAGGGCGAGAAACCUACUGGGGGGGAAUCCGUUUUGGAGAGCAUAGCGGGUGUGGAGAAGGAAACUGAGCCAGCUAACUCAGUCAACCAAAUCCAGGAGUUUGCCGUUUCGGCCGGGCCGGUUGGGCUUGCCGAAGGGAACCCCCCACACUUUGCGCAAAGCAGACAAUUCCCACUCUCCCCAGACGUGUACGUGAAGUGCUUAAACUACCUUACUGUUGACAAAAUAUUGGAGUGUGAGUUGCUAAACAAGCUGAGCAGCUACGUUAUAAAUAACCGAGUCAAUGUAUUCACCCACGUGAAGAAGCUAACUCUGGAUGAGAAAUGGUCCCACAUCCCAAUAUACAAGAGACAGUUCUAUCUCCAUCAAAUGAAAAACAUUAAGCAUAUGUACACAUCUGAAAAAAUAUACUCAGGUAAUGGAAUGUACAUUCACGAAGUAGCUGCAAUCAUAUUUCAAAAUGUAUCAAAUUUGAAGACACUGGAAUUAUUAUCACCUGAGUAUUGUAUGAAUGACAACACUCCAAGACAUGAGCCCUUCGCUCUAUCUCCAUCGGUUUUUUCAAAACUGGAAAAGUUAACAAUAAUUGGAUGUCAAACAUUGGAGUGGCUACAUAUUUUACGUAAUUGUUCCUUUCCACUUUUGAAAAAAUUGGAAGUAUGUUAUUAUCCCCUCCAUCAUGAUCAUUGGGUGUGGAAAUUCAUCUUCGAUUUUACUCUCUUGGGGCUACAAGGGUUAUUUAAAAUAUUAUACACAAUGGAGAAUUUGCAAAAGUUGAGCAUAGGAUUCGACGUUCUGUUUGACAACAUCGAAGGGUAUCUGUACAACCCUUUGGAGAGUCACAGGAAUGCUUUGCAAGAAUUUAAUUUUGUUACAAAUAAUCAGAGGUAUACAAAUGCCUUGUCUGCUCCCCCCGCUAAUGGGAACCCUUCGAGAAAGUUUAGAAGCUACCGUGGAAGGAUUUGCGAAGAAGAUUUUAGUGACAUUUUUACCAUUGCUUAUUACAUUUCGGGGAAAUGUGGGAAGUUGAAGAGGAUAAUGAUAAAGUAUAGAGAUUCAUAUGAUAAUUAUGAGGAUGAGUUGGACAACGAGGAGACGUUGAACGAGUUCAUUUCGGAGGCCACGAACACGGCAUCCAGUUACUACAACUAUGUGAUUAACUGGUUUCGAUCUGCCGGCGGCACAGCGUCGGAGCGUGGAUAG